AUGUUAGCUGUUCCCCCAAGAUUCGUUCAUCCAGUAACCCCGCUUUCUACAAAUCAUCUUGGAACCUCUUGCGGUAGUACUAAGAUUUACCAAGUAUUAUUCCACUGCCACGACCAAGAAUGUCUCUGGAUGUUCUCGCCUUGGCUCCGCCAAAAAUCCCCGACAUUCGUUACCAGACAUCUGGGCCUCUUACAAAUCUCUAGUGAUGUGAAGUUGGCAUGCCAACCGCUUUCGUUCCCGAGUCGCACAUCCCCAGGUAUACCAAGAGAUUUCUUUGAUCAGAUAGCCGAAUCUAGACUUUGGAUCAUGCCAUAUGCUGUCGGGGUCCUGGUACGAAAGUUUGUCCCCAAUGCUGCCUCAUGUGCCGGUCAGAGUUACAUCGAAUGUGAAGUAAAAAGCCAAGACCAAUUUUUACAACGUGCGCGGUAG